AUGAAGGAGUUAACACAGGAUGAAGUUAAACAAAUACAAAACAAAAAUAUUAAGGACAUACAAAAGUAUCUUAACUACUCUAUUCAGAAACGAAAAAGCAAUCUUCAAAAUGCUAUAGAUUUCUAUGCCACAUAUUUUCAGAGUAAUUCCUGGAAUCCAGUUCUUAUUGCUGAGAAUUACUCAAAUAAAAUGAAUUUAUAUUUCAAUAAAACAUUUCAUAAAGACGACGCCAUUAACGAUAUUGACAAGCAUUUCGUUAUACUAGAUAUUGUGGAGACUUCCAAUAACUUGUUGUAUAAGGUUCAACUGAAUAUACUACACAAUGAGACGAACCGUCACAAUUAUUCUGCCAGCGCUAUGAAAAAGUUUUACAAGCUAUUGGACGAUCUUAACAAAGACAUCAGGACAGAUAAAGAAGAAGAAAUGAAGUAUAUAUGUGCAAAAUUUGAAAUAUGCAGAGCCUUUCCCGGCUUUUCCGAUCACAUAUCCGAUUUCUUGGGUGAUAUAUUAAAUUAUUCCGACGGUAACAUCACUGAUAUUUAUAUACUGGCGAAAAUAUUAAUAAAGGAAAAGAUAAAUUACUUCAGGAAUUUCUUGGAUGAUGAUUUGAUUGAGAGUAUUGGAGACAGUUUAAGCUACAUGUUUGGAGGUGACGAGUCUGAGUUAAUUGAAGUUUUCUCACUGUUCAGAAAGAUGUUGAGUGGACGGCACAAAUUUUCAGUGAGGAAGAACAUCGACAAGUCAGUAAGAGCUAAGGUCAUCCGUCUCCUGAUAGAUAUAGUUGAUAAAACCUUCGUGAAAGAUGACGACGAAGUUUACUUGAUGUACAUUGAUAUGACGAGGAAGAGUCUUCGGAAACUAACGUCGAUGACCGAACAUCAAAUGGGAAAAAUGUUCAGUGACUUCAUACGUUAUAUUAUAAACACGAUAAAAUAUAACUGGACACCGGACUGUAAGAGGGAGGUCAGAACGCUUUUAGAAGUACUGAUGAAGAACAGCGUUACUGACAGAGAUGUUUAUGAAUAUCUUAUUAAAAAAGGUUCCCAGUACGUGAAUACUAAACCGCUGAGUGAUAUUGAUCUGGUUUGA